UAGUGAAAUAAAUCAACUUUUUGAUGAUAUUCUAAUUAUAUGACCAGCACCUGUAUAUAAACUAAUUCAUAAUGAAUUCUCUGUUGCUCUCAGGAUGUUGAAGGAUUCACGUGUCUCCAUCUAGCGGCAAAGUCUGGCCAUUACAACAUCGUUGAGCACCUUCUGUCCACAGGAUUAAUCAACAUCAACUGUCAGGAUGACGGAGGUUGGACAGCCAUGAUUUGGGCGACGGAGUACAAGCAUGUGGACCAGGUGAAUCUGCUUCUGUGCAAAGGAGCCGACAUCAGCAUCAGGGACAAGGAAGAGAACAUCUGCCUUCACUGGGCAGCGUUCUCGGGCAGUGUGGAGAUCGCCGAGUUGCUCCUGAACGCCCGCUGCGACCUGCAGGCUGUCAACAUCCACGGAGACUCUCCUCUUCACAUCGCUGCUCGGGAGAAUCGCUUAGAAUGCGUCACGCUUUUCCUGACUCGAGGAGCAGAUGUGUUCCUGAAGAACCGCGAGGGAGAAACUCCUCCGGACUGCUGCAGCCACAACUCCAAGGCCUGGGCGGCCCUGCAGGCCAACAGGAGGGAGAAGGACGCCAAGAACACCAGGCUCUCUCGAGUGGAGGAAAAAGUCCUUCAGAGUGACAUAGCUCUGGGGCAGGAGAGGGUUCCCCUUCCCUGUGUCAACUCUGUCGACAGUGAACCUUACCCGGAUGACUACAAAUACAUCCCCGAAAACUGCGUCACCUCCCCCAUGAACAUCGACAGGAACAUAACGCACUUACAGUACUGUGUUUGUAAAGAAGACUGUUCGACAAGUAUCUGCAUGUGUGGGCAACUCAGUCUGCGCUGCUGGUACGACAAGAGAGGUUGUCUUCUACCUGAAUUCUGCCGUGAGGAGCCUCCUCUCAUCUUUGAGUGCAACCAUGCGUGCUCCUGUUGGAGGACCUGCAAGAACCGCGUCGUGCAAAACGGAAUCAGGACCAGGCUUCAGCUCUUCAGGACCAGUAAGAAGGGCUGGGGUGUCCGUGCAGUACAAGACAUACCGCAGGGGACCUUUGUAUGCGAGUAAGUCCCGAUCACAAAGAAAACACUGUUAAUAUUUCACCCUUCAGAUUUGAGUCACAAAGACCAUCAAUACUCUGCAGCCACAGCUGAUCUGUUGUUAUUUAGACACAACACGGAGCUGGCAUGUUGUGUCACUUUUCCCCCCAAAUUUAAAAAAGCCUGCUACUCUCAUAUGUGCAGUGUCUGCUUCUCCUGACAGAAGGUAGCAGCUUUUUCACAUUCAGAAGUGCCGUCGAUGUCACCGAGGUGUUUUGCUGUUGUGCCAAACCUGAUCUAAACCUUGUUUAUUUAAUAAAAAGUUGUUGUGUUGUUUUAUCAUAAGUAAAGUAACUUCAAGGAUAUGUCAAGUCAGCUUUAUUCAUAUAGUCCAAUAUCACGGCUUGUGUUAUUGUUUAAUUUUUUUAAAUUGUCAAUGCAUCCCAUGAAAAGAUCAAAAUCACCGGUGGCACCAGUCCAUCAGUUCCUUCUGAAGAUGUCAAUAUUUUAAGCCACCUAGUGAUGCAUAGUUUCAAUUUUACAAACUCAAUUCAAUGUAUUUAUUUAACCAAAUAUCACAAAUUUGCCUCAGGGGCUUUACCAUCUAUUCAACACACCACAUCCUCUGUCCUUGGACUCUCGCAUCAGAUAAGGAAAAACUUUACGAUGGAAACGGUGGAAGAAACCUCAGGGAGAGCAGCUGAGGAC